CUGAUUCUGCGCUUUUGUUGCACAUAUAUAUUUUAUUAUUUUCAAGACUCGAUAAAAUAGAUAAAACGCAGUAUCAAUUUGCCAAAUGGCAGUGGGUGGUAAUUUGGGGAUCUGCAAGGAAGUGAAGGAAGUUGAAGCAGAUGUGAAGAGUAGUGCAGAGUGUACGAAUUUAGUAUUUUAUUACGUGGUGGUUUCAUUUUGAUCUGUCAGUGUAUCAGCCCACACUAAGCUGCAUAAGUUGUUAGAAAAUGAAGCAAUAAACAAUGGUGAUAGUCAUUGUAUAGGAACAUUUAUUUAGUGAGAGUGUAAAGGCUGACAAAUGUCAUCCCUUUGAUCAGAUUUCUCGGAUUAGAAAUGUCAUCUCUAAUACGCUUGGCUGAUACUUGUUUCGUCUGACCGAGCAAGUGCUUCAUGGAAGAGUGUGCUUGAACGGUGCUCCAUCCUAGAAAAAUCUUAGAAAGACCAGUAGUUGCGAAACGUCACAACAGAGCAGUCCACGUAGAGUUUCUAGUAAAAUUUUAAAUCAUGGACCAAGAAACAGUUUACGGCACCCACGAGGACAGUCAUGUGGUAAUGUCUGAAAAAGUUCAAUCGUUAGCUGGCAGCAUUUAUCAAGAGUUUGAGAGAAUGAUAGCAAGAUAUGAUGAGGAUGUUGUCAAAGAACUAAUGCCACUCUUAGUCAACGUAUUGGAAUGUUUAGAUAUCGCUUACACUGAAAAUCAAGAGCAUGAAGUUGAGUUAGAAUUGCUGAGAGAAGAUAAUGAGCAAUUAGUUACUCAAUAUGAAAGAGAAAAGCAGCUAAGAAAAGCAUCGGAUCAGAAAUUAUUAGAGCUUGAAGACAUAGCAGAAGAUGAAAGAAAGGAGUUGCUAGCAAAAAUUGAUAGUUUAGAAACAAUUCUUAAAAUGCUGGAGCUAAAGACGAAAAAUUCACAUGAUCAUGUUGUUCGUCUUGAAGAAAAAGAGGCAGAAUUAAAACGUGAAUAUGCACGAUUACAUGAACGAUAUACCGAAUUGUUCAAAACUCACGUUGAUUAUAUGGAAAGAACUAAAUUGCUCGUGGGAAGUAGUGAAAGAUUAGAAAAUACAACAAACAACCGUCCUCCUCGAUAUCCUGGUUUGAAUUUAGCUCAUAUGUCACGAAGCUCUGGGCCUCUCAGUUAUGGAUUCCAAAGUUUAGAAGCUAGUAUGAAUGCCGAAGAUAUUCAGGAAGAAAGUCCAACCCAUACUGCAAGUUUAAAAUCAGAAAUGCAGGACAGCAGUGGUGAAGCAGUAAUUGAAACAUCAGAUAAAAGCCAAUUAACUGAUAAUCCACCUCAAGAGAAUAAAACUACAACUGUUUCAAAGCUCUUUGCAGAUGAAAGUCCAGAAACUGAAGUACCUCCUGUUGUUGCUACUCCAACAACUCCAGUUGUCGACAAGGUAGCAACAACUCCCAGUGGUAGAAGUAGAACAGAACGAGAGCAACGUAGUGGAAAUACUUUGUAUCAAGAACUUAGUUUUCAAGAUGCUGACGCUUUGGGAGAAAUGGAUGAAGGAGCAGAUAUUACUGGCAGUUGGGUUCAUCCAGGAGAGUACGCUUCGUCGGUCAAUGACAACUUCUUCGGUAUGGGCAAAGAAGUUGAGAAUCUCAUUAUGGAAAACAAUGAAUUAUUGGCAACAAAGAAUGCGCUGAACAUCGUUAAAGACGAUCUGAUAGCUAAAGUGGAUGAACUAACAAGUGAACAAGAAAUUCUUCGUGAUGAAGUAAGAGCACUACAUCAAGCACGAGAUCGACUUCGUCAUAAAGUAUCAGCUUUAGAAGGAGAGCUGAAGAAAGUAAAAGAAGAGAGUGAAGCUAUGGCUAAAACAACUAAGAGUGAUGAUGAAGAAGAUGUUCCACUUGCUCAAAGAAAACGGUUUACUCGUGUAGAAAUGGCAAGAGUACUUAUGGAGAGGAAUCAAUAUAAAGAACGAUUCAUGGAACUUCAAGAAGCUGUGAGAUGGACUGAAAUGAUUCGAGCCAGUAAGACAGAUCCAGCGAGUAUAUCUGGAGGCAAACAGUCUGUCUGGAAGUUUUUUAGUAAUCUUUUUACCGGUCCAGCUGAUCGGGGGACACUACAUAGAAAUCCUCAUACCUUACCGCAUAUAAGGUAUAGCGCUCCGUCAAAUCAAGUAGUGCCAGCUCCACCGUUAGAUGCAAUGCGUAAGCGUACAUUAAAAAAUCGCCAUGAAUUUCUCGACCAAGGAGAUACGAUCUCAUCUGAAAAACGAGUGGCUAGACUUGCCAAUGAAAGAAAAGAACAAUAUCGACAAGUAAGAGCACACGUGAGAAAAGAAGAUGGACGUUUGCAAGCUUAUGGAUGGAGUUUACCUGGAAAACCUAGUGCUCCUGCGAGACAACCUGUUCCAGUUCCUGUUUAUUGUCGUCCUCUUCAAGAAACAGAACCUGGAAUGAAGAUUUGGUGUGGAGCCGGCGUAAACUUAAACGGUGGGAAAACUCGUGAUGGAGGACUUGCAAUAGGAGGAAGUGUAUUUUAUGCAGAUGAAGCAAAAGAGACUCCCAUGGUUGAAGGAAAAGUAGAAGACGCUGUUGAACAUUUGGAUAAAGAGUUGCAAGAGAAUGAACAGCGUCGCCUUGAAGCAGAAAGACAAGACCAGCAAUUAAGCUCCCUUGUAUGGAUUUGUACGUCGACUCAAAAGAUGUCCAAAGUCACUGUGAUAGAUGCAAAUAAUCCAGCUGAUAUCUUAGAAGUUUUCAAUGUGUGUCAGAGUCAUUUACUCUGUAUAGCGAGUGUUCCUGGUGCAAAAGAGAGUGAUUAUAUUCACAAUGUUGAAGAAUCUACACAACGGAUAGUAAAUGGAACAAAUGAAGUAGACUUAGUUAACAUUCAGGUCCAACGUGCCAAUGAUGAGCAAAUUGUUGCUGAAGAAGCUACUGUAACUGAAGAAAAAAACUGCCUAAAAGCGGGAGAUUCUGAUGAUCGCAGUCAAGCAACUUCAGAGGGUCCGAGUUCUCUAGAAGAAAAACCUAGUGAAAGCUCAGAGAAAAAAACUGAUGUAGAUCAGAGCUCAAAUACAGAACCCCAAAGCUUAGAAAAUGUUGACAGUGAUUCUAUUAAUAUAGGAAAAGUACAUUUUGUUAAAAGUAAUAUUGAAACUCUAUCAAUCACAAACACUGUAAGUGAAUCUGAAGCACCACAAACUGCCGAAAAUGAUACUCCUAUUGAAAAAAUGUCGUCAAUACAGCCAACAAUGUGGCUUGGAGCACAGAAUGGAACUGUUUAUGUGCACUCAGCUGUUGCUAAAUGGUCUAUUUGUUUACAUACUGUUACGCUCAAAGAUGCUGUUUUAUCCAUAGUUCAUGUUCAGGGAAGAGUGCUGGUAGCUCUUGCUGAUGGGACAGUGGCAAUAUUUCGACGAGGAUCCGAUGGUCAAUGGGACUUAUCUCAACACCACAUUAUUACUUUAGGCAGUCCGCAACAUGCCAUUAGAUGUAUGACAGCCGUCUCAGGGAAAACAGUCUGGUGUGGAUAUAGAAAUAAGAUUCAUGUGAUUGACCCCAUUCUCAUGAGUCUCGAGUGUACCGUUGACGCACAUCCAAGGAGAGAGUCUCAAGUCAGACAAUUAGCAUGGCUUGGAGAAGGAGUUUGGGUCAGCAUUCGACUCGAUUCUACAUUGAGGCUGUAUCAUGCUCACACUUAUCAGCAUCUGCAAGAUGUAGACAUUGAGCCUUAUGUCAGCAAAAUGCUCGGCACUGGCAAACUCGGGUUUUCAUUUGUACGAAUCACUGCAUUACUCAUUUCUUCAAACAGACUGUGGAUUGGAACGGGAAACGGUGUCAUCAUAUCUGUACCAUUAUCAGAAAGUGCUGGAGGAUCUUUAGCUGUGUCUAGAGUACAAAGUAUGGGUGGUAAAGGUGAUGCUCCAGGAGUAGGAGUUCGAGUAUUCGCUUCGGAAAAAGGUGUCACUCCCGGAAGUUUUAUUCCUUACUGCAGUAUGGCUCAUGCUCAACUUAGUUUCCAUGGCCACCGUGAUGCUGUGAAAAUGUUUGUUGCAGUUCCGGGACAUGGAGGUCAGAGUGCCAUUUCAGAUGGUACACAGCCAGCAAUGUUGGUAUUAUCAGGUGGAGAAGGCUACAUAGAUUUCCGUGUGGGUGAUGGUGACGAAAUUGAGGAAGGAUUGGAGCGUACAAACAUUUCAGCGACUAGUCAUGAGGAACAUGGAGAACAAAGUCAUCUGAUUGUUUGGCAGGUUCAAUCACCUGUCCACAUGAACGGCUAGCCUAUUGGUUAAAAAAAAAUUUUCUUAGGGUGCAUAGAAUAAAUAAAUUAAUAAUUCAAGAGAACAGAUAGACUGCAAGAGUUAUCAAUAACUCAGCAGCAAGACAGUGAAGUUUAUCAGAGCUCUUAAGUGUCUAAGAGCAAUUAUGAUAGAAUUACUUCUUCGACAAACGAAGAAAACGUAACUGUCCAAUUUAUUUAUUUAGAUGUGAUCAUGAUAAGACAGAUUAAUUAUUGUAGGCUAUGACAGCGAAUAAUAGUAAUGAUGACGCUUGUUUGUUCCAAAAAUUGAACAUUGACUAAUUUUUAUCAGAAUAAUUAAUUGAAACAAUCAGUUUUUAAUUGAUAUAAAAAUUAUUAGAUGAAAAUAUUUCACGCCUAUAUGCGUCCCUUUUUGUACGAAGCGAUAGUAAGUUGUCAAGACAUAGAUAAUUAAUUAGUAAAUGAAAAAUUAUCAAACUUUAUGAAGCAUCUUAUAGAAAGCAUUGCAUUUGAAAAAUUCUUUAUCUCGAGCUUUGUAUAACAAAAAUCGCUUUCAUUGGUAUCAUAAUGUACGUGUAUACGUAUAUAGAUUAUUGAAUUGGUUUCACACUAAUAGAGUUUUAAAUUAUCAAUAAAUUAUGUAAACAUAAAUUUCGUAAAAUCUUGUAGGGAGAUUGAGAUAAAUGUUUUCUCUAUUUUUUUAAUUCAAUUUUCUUAUUUAAUUUUUUUAAUAUUUACUUUACAGGAAACUAGUCGCGGAUAUUCUAUCUUAUUUAUUAACCGCAAUGUUAACUAUUAAUGUUUAAAUAAUAUUUCUCAUAACCGUGACAUUGAGACUUGGAAGAGUGAGUAUGAAUUAUUUUUAUAGACUAAUGACUUUGUUAAUUUACAUAAUAAUUACCAUUUUUUUCUCCUUUCGCGGUAGCUAGAUAUUUGUAUACGCUUUCUCUUGCUUUAUUUAUUAUUCAGUCUCCUACCAAAGAUAGAACGAUCGAAUUAUGUGAUUUGUAUAACACAUAGUUAAAAUAUUGUAGUGAAGUUUUACUUAUUCUGGUUUUUAAGUUUUAAAAAAUCAUGUUAAAAACAAAAAAAAAAUAAAAAAUCAUGUCAAAUUUAAAACUGUACCUGGCUUU